UAUCUGUUGUAUUAAGUUUUUAAAAUCCUCAGCUUAUGCUAAACAAAAAAUGUAGAAAAAAAUGCCUGAUUUAGGUUAAGUUCGCGGUUGGCGUAUUUAUAAAUUUUAAAUAUUUUAUAAACGCCCGCCAUUUGCCCUUCUUUUAUUUACCUUCUAAUAAACGUCUCCUUUCAAGGGGCUGGUUAAUCAUCAGCGUUCAAAGUAUUAUCAAUGUCUGUGAUAGACACGAAACCUGUUGUUUUUUUGUUUUUGUUUUUUUUGUUGGGGUGGAGGGGGGCAGAGGUUGUAGCUGUCGCUUGAUUCUUUUAUUUGAGAUGAACAAUAUAUUACGUAGAUAGUAUAAUAGAAAUCCAGAAUUGUCCCCUUUAUUUACCGCCGCUCUAAAAUGUUCUGAAAAAGUACCUAAACGCACCGGGCGUUUCUUAGAAGAUUUACCGUAUGUUAUAUGAACAUUUUAAAUCAGAAUAUGGCUUUGAUAAAGUAACACUGCGGUACCUAAUCAUCGCACAAGUUAACCGCCAUCUUGCGAAAAUCAAGAAACCGUGCAAAAUUAGAUUUUACUGUCCUGCCUUGCAUACAAAAUUUCAAAAAUUAUAUGCAAUUGUAGAGAAAGGACAUGUUUAAGUGUGACUGCUUAUUAGAAUGAUUAGUUGAUUGAUAAGAAUAUUCUAGAAAAACAAAAUACAAAAAUGGCAAGUUGGUUACCAAUCCCUUAUAAAGUCGUUAUCAUUGGUGGAGGCAUAUCUGGAUUGUCAGCCGCGCAUGCGCUGGUAAAGCAUUCAAAAGUUCCAUGUGAUGUGACAAUUGUAGAAAAUCAAAGCAUAGUUGGUGGCUGGUUGAAAAGUACACGUUAUGAAGAUGGUAGUGUGUUUGAGCAUGGACCACGAAAUGCCCGAUCGUAUGGAAGCACUGCAAUACAAGCGUUAAACAUACUAUCAGAUCUUGAAUUGGAAGAUAAGAUCAUUGGCGUUCCCAAGACACACGAUGCAGCUAAAAAAAGAUAUAUUUACGCGAAAGGGAAAUUAAACGAGCUUCCAUCCUCUGUUUCAUCCGUCAUGUUUCGGCAAGAACCGUUCAGCAAAUCUCUGUUGUCCAGUAUUGCGAGGGAACCGUUCGUAAAGAGAAGCAGUUCAGAGGAUGAAUCUGUGUAUGACUUUUUUCAACGCAGGUUUAACAAGGAGAUAGCUGAUUAUCUGGCCACAUCGCUAUGUCGAGGUAUCUUUGGUGGAGACGCCGAACAGUUGAGCUUGCGAUCGUGUUUUAAAAUUCUUUUUGAUUACGAACGGCAGCAUGGUUCAGUUGUGAAGGGUGCAUUGUUUUCGAAAUCAGAUCAACCGAGAGUAGAUUCAAACGCUUUGAUCAGCAGAGCAAAAGCUGAAAACUGGAUGGGAUGGACUCUACAGAAUGGUAUGCAGACCUUACCAGAAGUAUGGUACGAUCACUUGAAAUCUGAGGGAGUGAAGUUUCUGUUAAAUACACGAUGUAAAGAGAUCGACUACACAACAGAAAAUAAAAUACAUUGCGUGACGUCACAAGGUGUGAUUGAAGCUGAUCGAGUCAUAUCAACGCUCCCUAGUACUCAGUUAUCCAAGUUAUUAAGCAAAUGCGAUAAAACACUAUCUACUAUGCUGGAUACAGUGGAAUAUGCAGACAUGGCUGUUGUAAAUCUCGAAUACGAUUCUUGUAAACUACCAUACCAAGGAUUUGGUUUUCUUGUCCCAACAUGUGAACCGUGUGACAUACUUGGUAUGACUUUUGAUUCUUUGAUAUUCCCACAACACACCAAAUCAAACUCUGCCAUUAUGACCACUAUGGCGGGUGGCGCAUGGUUUAAAGAGGUAUUUGGAAAUUCAGGAUCUGCCGACGUCAGCAAAAUAACCGAACUAGCUGUCAAAUCAGCGCAUGAUAUUUUGGGUAUUGUGGCAAAUCCGAAAAGAACGUUGUGUAAUGUCCAAAGAGAGUGCAUCCCUCAGUAUAAAGUGGGUCACGAGAAAAAGGCAGAUGAGAUUAAAAACUAUGUCAAGAGCAAUAAUUUACCGCUGAACAUUCUUGGUAAUGUUUGGGGCGGUGUGAGCGUGAAUGACGUCAUCGUGAAUGCUAGAAAUGAUACGUUGAAGUGGCUUGCAGGAAACCAUAUGUACUGAAAAAAGGUGUUCAUAUUUUUUACUUUAUGUACAAUUAUAGUUAUUUAUUUUUAAAAGAAAUGUUUGAAUAAAAAACAAAAGAAGAGAGAAAAAUCGGAGGGGAUUUCCCUCCGAUAGGAAGGUUUCAUUUGGAGAAAUAUUUAGUCAUUUAAAACAAUUUUAAUCCCUGAUUUUUUAUUCUCUGUUAAGGUAAAUAUAAAGUUGAUUUUUGUAAUAAAAAUGAUUUCUAAGGAAUUUUUCAUUGCCUAGAAACUGAUAUAAGCAUUUACAGAGACGUUCUAAUUUUUUUGAAUUUUUUAUCUCUCUUAUGAGUUUGCUCUAGUAGAUUUUUGUUGAAUUUUAUUUCUAUUUUUAUUGUUUUUUACUUCCAAAGAUUUCGUUUUGUUAUUUUUAAAAACUAUUACAAAUUUCUAAUUUUAGGCAUUAAGUUGUUUUGCUGUAAAUCUUUUAGUUAUGAAUUCCUGAAUUUGAAUAAACGUAUUCCACUCAGAAAUUGUAAUCCUAAACCACACGAUGUUAUGAAAUUAUUUAUUUUAAAGUAAAAUGUUAAAGAUGUAUUUAGUUUUGUUUAUAUUUCAUGGUGCUGGCCAUCAAACGGUAUAUACAUUAUCUUCGUCGAAGCUAUAUUUCUUUAUUUAUU